CAGCGGGAACAGGUGCAUACCAGUUAAAAGGAAACGACGUGCGUUGGUUCGGAACCAUUUCCAUAAAUUUAAUAAAAAAAACCGGAUGUGCUAUACUCAGUUAGUCGAAUGUUACAAUAAACAAUUCGUUAAAUUUAUUUUAGUUAUUUGAGUGUUAAUACGAUUUUCAACUUCCCACAUUGUUGACUUAUCUUUUAAAAUUGAGUAUAAAGAUGGGAGAUAGCAACGAUACUGUGAUAUCUGUUAGUGAUUUACCAUUAAAGUUUACUGUUAAGUAUUUGGGUAGUCAUCCUUCGAAAGGUCUAUGGGGAAUGAAAUUCACGCGAAAACCAGUUGACAAUUUAGUAUCGCAAGCAAGGAACAUGCCACCGAACGUUAUCCUUCCAAUAGUCAUCUUCAACGUAUCCGAAGAAGGAGUCGAAUUCGUUGAUAGAACGUCCAAAAAAAUAAAAGAAGAACCUACGAAAUUUUCCGUGGAAAACAUUUCGUACGGCGUACAAGAUCUCGUAUAUACGAGGGUAUUCAGUAUGAUAGUUGUCACUGAUGACAAUCUUAAUAACGGGGUACCUUUCGAAUGUCACAGUUUUUUGUGUGAUUCGAGAAACGAAGCUAGGAAAAUCACUUACGCCCUAGCGGCGGUAUUUCAAGAUUACGGCAGGAAAAUUAAACAAAAAAAUGGCGAACGUCCUAUUAAAAAAUUCGCCAUCGAUUUACGGACACCGGAACAACAAGCUGAAGGCGUAGAAGAAGAAAGUGACGUGUGACAUUUUGUUAUAUAUAUUUUUUUAUUUAUUUUGUAAUUAAUAUAUUUCUAUUAUAAACAAUAA